CAAGAGGAACACAGUAAGUCAGUUCCCGAGGAAUACCGAUGAGAUGGCUCCGGGAGAAACAGUCUUGGAGCGCUGUGGGGUUUUUUCGGCUACACGUAUGUGAAAGGAGACUCGGUGUCUUUGGAUCACUGCAAAAGGAUUCCAGUGGAUGCCCCUUCUACUUGUCUCUUGGUGGAAAGCUUGCUUGUCUUUAAUGGAUACUGCUGCUGCUGGUUGAUCUCUGGAGACUUUACAGCUCCUUACCUUUUGAGAGGAAAUUGUCCCCUCUCAAGGUCCCAGUGGUAGUAGCUUUUUAUCUGUAACCAUCUGUGAGGGAAAAAGAAGAUGCCUCUACCUUUUGGGUUAAAAUUGAAACGAACUCGACGCUAUACAGUAUCCAGCAAGAGUUGCUUGGUGGCUCGUAUCCAGCUGCUCAACAAUGAAUUUGUGGAGUUCACGCUGUCGGUGGAAAGCACGGGCCAGGAAAGUCUGGAAGCAGUGGCUCAGAGGCUUGAAUUGCGGGAGAUUACAUAUUUCAGUCUGUGGUAUUACAAUAAGCAGAAUCAGCGCAGAUGGGUAGAUUUGGACAAGCCUCUGAAAAAGCAGCUGGACAAAUAUGCCUUGGAGCCAACUGUGUAUUUUGGAGUAGUGUUCUAUGUGCCUACUGUUUCUCAGCUUCAGCAGGAGAUUACCAGGUAUCAGUAUUAUUUGCAAUUAAAGAAAGACAUCUUGGAGGGCAACAUUCCUUGCACACUGGAACAAGCAAUACAUCUGGCUGGUUUAGCUGUUCAGGCUGAUUUUGGAGACUAUGAUCAGUAUGAAUCUCAGGAGUUUCUACAAAGAUUUGCUUUGUUUCCAGUGGGUUGGCUACAAGAAGAAAAAAUAUUGGAAGAAGCGACACAGAAAGUUGCCUUGCUACAUCAGAAGUACAGAGGCCUUACUCCUCCUGAUGCAGAAAUGUUAUAUAUGCAGGAAGUAGAGAGAAUGGAUGGCUAUGGUGAAGAGACCUAUCCUGCAAAGGACAGCCAAGGAAGUGACAUAUUCAUCGGAGCAUGUCUUGAUGGUAUCUUUGUGAAACACAAAAAUGGUCGUCCUCCUGUUGUAUUUAGGUGGCAUGAUAUUGCCAACAUGUCUCACAACAAAUCCUUUUUCGCAUUAGAGCUGGCAAACAAAGAAGAGACAAUCCAAUUCCAAACUGAAGAUAUGGAAACAGCAAAAUAUGUGUGGAGGAUGUGUGUGGCUAGACACAAAUUUUACCGACUAAAUAAAUGCAGCCUAGACUCCCUGGACUCUCCACCUGAGGAGGGCUCUCAGAAAUCUUCCCUCAUUCUUUCCCUUCCACGCUUUCCAAUCCUUUCUCGUCCUUCACUUCCCAAAGGACAAACCCAGCCCGUUACAGUGAAUCCUGUUAGAAGGCGAUCUUCGUCCAGGAUGUCUAUGCCCAAGCCUCAGCCUUAUAUGAUGCCUCCACCACCUCAGCUGCAUUACAAUGGUCAUUAUACUGAACCAUAUGCAUCCUCCCAAGAUAACCUCUUUGUGGGCAAUCAGAAUGGAUACUACUGUCACUCUCAGACUAGCUUGGAUAGAGCCCCUCAUGACUACAGUGGUCGGAUCCGCAAUGGUAGUGUCUAUAGUGCACAUAGCACAAACUCCUUGAACAAUCCACAACAUUACUUGCAGCCAUCCCCCAUGUCCUCUAACCCAAGCAUUACUGGAAGCGAUGUCCUCAGAACUGAUUAUGUCCCAUCACAUAGACAUAGUGCACUAAUACCACCUUCUUAUCGCCCUACGCCAGACUAUGAAACUGUGAUGAGACAGCUCAACAGGGGAAUGAUGCACGCAGAUAGGCAGAGUCAUUCAAUGAGAAAUCUUAACAUCAGCAAUUCAUAUGCUUACAGCAGGCCUGAUGCCUUAGUUUACAGUCAACCUGAAAUACGAGAACACGCUCACUUUGCUUCCCCACAAUCUAACCAUUACCCAUUUAACCUGAACUACAGUUUCCAUAGCCAAUCCCCCUAUCCCUAUCCUGCUGAAAAGCGCCCGGUUGUUGGGGCAGUCAGUGUGCCUGAGUUAACAAAUGUGCAGCUCCAGGCUCAGGACUAUCCAGCACCAAAUAUAAUGAAGACCCAAGUCUAUCGACCGCCUCCCCCAUACCCAUACCCGAGACCUGCAAAUAGUACUCCAGACCUUUCACGACAUAUCUACAUUAGCAGCAGCAAUCCAGACCUAAUCACAAGGCGAGUGCACCAUUCUGUCCAGACAUUUCAAGAAGACAGCCUGCCUGUGGCACAUUCUCUUCAGGAAGUCAGUGAACCUCUAACAUCGGCACGCCACGCUCAGCUGCAGAAGAGGAACAGUAUUGAAAUAGCAGGCUUGACUCCCAGCUUUGAAGGAAUAAGAAUUAAAGAGAGGACCAUGUCAGCUUCUGCAGCAGAUGUAGCUCUUCCAAGAGUUAUCUCAGAAGGGUCACAGCCCAACGUUUUGAUGGAGAGAACAAAGCAAAAAGAAAGCGAGCAAGAAGAAAGUGUGAAUUGUGAUCAUAAGAAAACCCUUUCAGAUGCCACUAUGCUGAUUCACAGUAGUGAGGAAGAAGAAGAAUUUGAAGAAGAAAACAAGGCUAGUACAAGUCUUUCUCCUCUCCCUGAAGAUCAAACCCAACUUUCAUCCGUUUUGGGUGGUUAUUCUCAUGAUUCAGUGCUGAACUACCCUUAUAGCUCAGUUGCUUCGUCUGCUGGCCCUUUGCAUAUUCUUGAGCCUAAAUUACAUAUCACAGAGACAGAAAAGAGAAUGAAAGAUAUGAGCCCUGUUCAUUUACUAGUAGAAAGCCAAGUACAGAGAAGAGGGGAAGGACUGCUUACUCCAUCUAUGUCGGAAUCUGAUCUUACAACAUCAGGGAGAUACAGAGUAAGGAAAGAUUCAGUAAAGAAGAGACCUGUGUCCGAUCUUUUGUCUGGGAAGAAGAAUAUUGUGGAAGGCCUUCCUCCUCUAGGUGGUAUGAAAAAGAAUAAAAAUGAUGCAAAAAAAAUAGGGCCUCUAAAGCUAGCUGCCCUAAAUGGAUUAGCUUUGACUAGAAUGCCUCUGCCAGAUGAGGGGAAGGAAGAAUCAACAAGAGCAACAAAUGAUGAACGGUGUAAAUUUCUGGAACAACGGUUAGAGCAGGGGAUGGUGUUUACUGAAUAUGAGCGCAUUCAGAAAAAAAGACUUAUAGAUGGUGAGUGCUCAAUAGCUCGGCUUCCUGAAAAUGCUGAAAGAAACCGGUUCCAGGACGUCCUUCCUUAUGAUGAUACCAGAGUAGAGCUAGUCCCAACCAAAGAAAAUAACACGGGUUACAUCAAUGCAUCUCAUAUCAAGAUCUCUGUUGGCGGCAUAGAGUGGGAUUACAUUGCUACGCAGGGCCCUUUGCAGAAUACAUGUCAGGAUUUCUGGCAGAUGAUCUGGGAACAAGGGAUUGCCAUCAUAGCUAUGGUGACGGCAGAGGAAGAAAGUGGGCGAGAAAAAAGCUUCAGAUACUGGCCACGUCUUGGUUCAAGACACAACACUGUAACGUAUGGAAGAUUUAAGAUUACCACACGAUUCCGUACAGACUCAGGCUGUUAUGCAACAACGGGUUUGAAGAUUAAGCAUCUUCUCACAGGACAGGAGAGAACAGUUUGGCAUCUGCAGUAUACUGACUGGCCAGAGCAUGGCUGUCCAGAGGAUCUAAAGGGAUUUCUCUCAUACUUGGAAGAGAUACAGUCAGUGCGGCGCCAUACGAACAGCACUGCGGAUCCUAAGAACUCCAAUCCACCUGUACUGGUACAUUGCAGCGCAGGUGUAGGACGAACAGGAGUGGUCAUUCUGUCAGAAAUCAUGAUCGCUUGCUUGGAACACAAUGAGAUGCUGGACAUCCCACGAGUGCUGGACAAGUUGAGGCAGCAGAGAAUGAUGAUGGUGCAGACUCUUUCACAGUACACUUUCGUCUACGGAGUUCUCAUUCAGUUUCUCAAAAGUUCUAGACUUAUAUAAUCCCUGACACUUCCUAAGGGACCCUGCAAGAGUUUACAGAAAGAAAGAUACAGUUGUCCAGGCACACCUGCUCUCACUGGUGUUUUCUUCGUAUGAUGAAUUACACAGUUACCUUUAAGGGCUGGUAUGUGACUGUUAAAUGCGAGUCAGUGUAACAGUCCCUGCAAAGCAGGAUCUUCACUGGACUAAAUUCGUCCCAUGUUCAGUUGCAGUCAUACUAGGGAAUGAUUUUACUUGUACUGGUCUGUAGUACUUGCAUACGUUCUUUAGGGUGGUGUUACUCUGGGUAAAAUAAGUAUCUUAUGGAAUGGAAGUAUAUGGCACAAUUUUACUAACAUUAUGUUUUAAAACAUAAUCGGUAACUAUGCGAAAGCUAAAAUCUCUAGGUGCACACGGGGUGAGAAAUCUGCUCCUUGGGAAUGUCAAGGUCUCGUGCAGUUUCAUUCUGCAUUCAAUUUUAUAGUUAGAACAAUACAUCUAUAUUUUUUAAAAUGAACUUUUGUUUUCUUCUGGUUUACUCAGCAAACUUAGCAGCUUUUAGAUAUUUUAAGCUGUUGCUUUAAGGACAGCUAUUUUUAUAUUCAGCAUUUUUAAUUAAAAAAAAAACCACACCAAAAACCAAAACCCCAAACUUUUUAAACAGCAUAAUGUUUUCAGAGGAGAAGACUGACAGUGUUUGAACUAACUUUUCAAAAAUCAUGCAGAGAGUAGUAGGGGAAGCUCUUGGCAAUUAGUUGUAGUGCCGUGUAAUAGAACUGACAAGUGAAAGGUGAUGUUAACUGCUGAUAACUUCCAUUUGAGCGGAGGCAUGUUUACCUGCAAAAAAAACAGGAGAAAAGUAUUCUAAUUAUUUACAAGGUUAUUGGAAACAAAUGGAUGAGAGAAAGUACAUAUUCAGUAUUAUUCAUAUAUUUAGAGGACAGUUUGAUUUUACUGGCUGAAAUCAAAGUGGACGCAAAUGUUUUAAGCACUUUUUUUGCUCUGUUAUUUAUGUAGUUAAACAUAGAAACUAUAAUCAUGCAUUGUUUCAUAUAGUAAUAUACCAUUACUAACCUGUUAUUUUAGGAAGAGCCUUUUAAGGUGAUGAAGUGAGAGAACCAAAAUUGGAGUAAGAAGGUGCAUAGUGGCAAAGCGGAAAUGAUCGUAUGAAGCAUAAUGGAGGAGGUGUGGCAGCUAUGAUUGCUGGUUUACACAGUGCAAAGACGACCAUUAAAAACGUUUAUGUUCCCAGUCAGAAAAGCCUUUAAAGCACUGGAAAUUUCUGUAGAAUCCUUCAGAUUAUUUUGUCAGUACUAGAACAGAUUUUGCUAAUGCUGUGCAGUGUUGCAAUGAAUAUCCACAGAAGCUGUUUGAGAACACCUGCAGAAUGUAAGAGCUCUUAGAGGUGACGCUGGAGAUGUGGGUAUUUUUGUAGCUGUGUAGGUGGCUGAGUCAAUGGCUGUGGCAUGGACCCGAAGAUAAGUUGUACCUUUGGUAGUUUCCAUUUUGUCCCCUGGGUCUCGUUUAAUGACAGUAUCCCUAAAUAAUCCUCUGUCUGUGGUUUUCAGAUGGGGACAGCGUGGUUUUACCUGCCUUUUCAAGUGUUUUGAGAUGAUGAGUUGAAAAUCCCUAUUCAAAAGUGAGCUAUUAUUUUCUAGAUAUCUGGUUUAAUUUCAAGAAAGCCCUAUGGUAGACCAGUCUGCAGGCAUGUUUAAGUGUCCAUUUCCCUUGAUACCUGCUUAGUGAAAUGAAAUGAGACUGAAAGUCAUUUUUAUCUCUGGUGAAAUUACAUAAUUUUUUCUGAGCUCUAACAAGGGUUUGGAAACUAUUAUGGAUAAUUAAAGCCCCUUCAAAACAAUAAUUGUCUCCCAAAACAUUAAUUAAGAAUAAUAAAUAGGUUGCCUCAAUUUCCUCUGUAAUAAGCUACUUCCACAAAAAAAAACCCCACACAGUCCAAAUGAUAUUGUGCUAAUAUGUCAUUCUAUACAAAAUAUAUUACUUUAAAGUACACUGUAUUAAUCUAGUGCAUUUGUUCUGGUUUCAGGCAGUCUGAAUUGUUCUGCUCUUAGUAGAAGAAAGAUUGAAUAUUUCAGAUGGGGGGAGAAAAUAUUCUUUUUGUGACUAUAAAAUGCCUAGGAAGUAUUAACUGCCAGAUGUAAAACUGGAAGUCCAAACCAAAUCUGACACCAAUUUAAUACUUCUGUGUCAACAGAAGUAUUGAAAGAAACAAACAUACUUAGCUAUUUGUAUUGUGCUGUGUUUUAAAAACAUUGCUACUUUUUGCCACAAUUCCGUCUAUCUUCAGAAAUAUUUUUGAAUGGGAAAGUAUGCUCUAAAAUGUAGUUUGUACCAUUUCCAUUUCUGAAUUUUGGACUGUGAUCUUCAUAACCUGACACAUGCAGCUUUUAAAGAAUUUAUAUACAACCACAACUUCAAGCAACAAUUUUUAGCUGUUCAUCAGUUACUGGGAGAGAGAAUCAGAUGUGAGGCAUUAAAAGGAACAAAGCAAGUAAUUUAAUCCAAAAUUUAUGGGAUUAUUUGAGGUGGGUGAGGAAAUGUGUGUCUUUUGGCUUUCUUUUCUGUUUUGCUGAAAGAAGUUGUGUUCACUUUUAGAGGCAGUUGCUCUCUAAUCUGGUAGUCACACUCUUGAUUUAUUUUUUUUAAGCAUAACAUUGCUACCUCCUCCACUUCAGCUUUCAGUUCUGUCCAUCAGCAGCCUGGUUUUGCAUUAAUAGACUUGACCUUAAUAGUCCUGACUUUAUGUGAGUUUUCCUUGUGAAGAUAGCAGGAUUGCUUUUGUAUGUGAGCAUAUGGCUCCAAGUGAGCGUUGAAAAUGAGCAGUUUCUCUUCUAAAGAUACCAAAUGAAAAUAAACCUCACAACAUCCUGUAAGAAAAUUAAUUUUAAAACCAUUGUUUAGAUUUUCGGUUAACUUUUAAAAGAAAAUUCAGUUUUUAGCACUUUGUUAUGAGCCUCGAAAAGGGAUGCUUUAUUACGUGUAGUUGCGCUGAGUGCUUUGUGAAGUGUUCGGACAUUAUGAGAACAUACACUGUCCAAAUCCAGUAAUGGUGUGAGUUGGAGGUGGAUUUAUUUGUCAAAAGCUCAAAACUCCACUAUAAGCCUGUCCAUUUUGCCAAAUGUGCUUCUGUUGUUAUGGGGAUGAAACCAGAUUAUUAUGCAAGAUUUGAACUGACUUUUUUUAGUAAGAAAGACAUUCUUGCAGUAAAUGGCAAAGAUGAUGCUGAUCUCUAGGGAUAUCAGAGCUCUCAGGGAUAAAUAAAGGUGCUAUAUACUGUCAAGAGACAGAUUUGACUGUCUUUUUGUGGGCUAGGUGGAAAAUGCUUUUUAGAUUCAAAUUCUAUGAAGUCGGGAGAACCAACAAAUUGUAGUAAGGGCUUCUGCACAUUUGAUUUCUUUCUUGGUUGCUCUAAUGAGAGAGUCUUUGGCCAGGGAAUCUUUGUAGUCUUAGGCUAGUAGCUCUUCUCUAAGAACGUAAGUCAUCUUGUUUGUUGCAAAGAUGUCACUGGCUUAGCUGUAGGCUGCAAAUCCUUCCUUGCCCUGUUCUGUGACAGAAGCUCCAUGGUACGCAGGGGAGUUUGGCAUGCAUAGCUUUUCUGCAGCCUGCACAGGAGUGCUCUCCUUUUUCUGCUGUCCCCUGUGAAAAGCAGGAAAAGUUUUAUGCCUUAGUGUCACUCAUCGUGAUACCUUUUGCACAAGUGAGUGGUAAAAACUACAAGUGCAGGGUGCUAUGGUUUAUAUCUAGAAAGACAUUUAAUUCAAAGCAGGUGAGCAAAGCAGAGUUCCUAUAAUUUCUGUGGAUGAAAAGCUGCUCUGAGUUAUCAUCAACAUUUAGUAAAAACAAGUAAAACAAUAACAAAUGGGAAAAAAUCCUGGCAUUUUGAGAAAGGUAUUUUUGGCUCCUCUUGUGAUCCUGUGUAUCUUUUUUUGAAGUGGAUGACAUUUAGAGCAAUUUUCUCCAAAAAUAGCUUCUUAACUUUAAUAAGAAAGACUACCUGAGGCUGCUGCUACAUUUUUCCUGUUGGAGCAGCUGUUAAAGUUAAGUGGCUCAUAGAUUUCAAUGGCCUCUGGACCAAACCUGGGAACUGUGAGGUUGUUCAUCAUACAAGCUAGCUGUGUAAUGAGACCUCAUUUUUAAUAUCAGUAGCAUUACUAAAACCCUGGACUUAAAAAUUGUGAACUCAUUACUAUAUUUCAGUAGUUAGUUCAAGUUAUUAAUUUAAAAGAAACAGCACCUCAGUUGUUAAGAACUCUGUGCUUUAGAGUUCAGGGUUUGUUUUUUGUUGUUUUGGUUUUUUUUUCAAUACUGCAAAGUAAUGCAAAGCCAGAGUCCAGUCCUGCAAGAUGCAAAAUUCCUGCAGUUCUUCCCGAUAUUGUAGGAAUUAAAAUGGGCUUAUUGCCAAUGAAAGCUUGAGCCCUCAAAGCAUGAAUACUCACAUGUCUGCUUUAAAUUUAAAUACAGAUUACAAGAAUUAACCAAAAGAACGUGGCAGGAAUGUGCAUACAUGAAGCUACAGCAUUCAAAGGAAAAGUAGCUGAGAUAGUUCAGAAGAAAUUCUCUUGUGAAAGUACAAAAUGUUGGAAGUAGAGAGUGAGGAUUUGAGGAAUGGCUGAAGGCAUUUGGAGGAGGAUUUGGAACAUUUUGUAUCCGCAGUAGAGCUGCUAGAAAGGUGUGAUUCAUAUGGUAUGUUUUUCAUGGCAUGGUAGGGUAAGUGAAUAUGUAGUCAUAAGUGUUAUUUUUACUGGCUUUUUAAAAUGUGAUUUUUGAAAUUCCAAAUAUUUUUUUCAGAGGUUCUGUUAUUUUUACAUAUCCUUUCCAAAUAUAUUUAAUGCAAUCUGUCGGCUCAGUUUCUGUUUACUUAUUAAAGGUCAGAUUUUUUUCAAACUAUGGUCUCUGGUUUUACACAUGAAAAAUGCAGGGGGAAUAGGCAUACAUGCCAUUUUGUAGUGAUAAUUUCUAGUGGAUGCAGGUGAGAUGAUUUGAAAGUCUAAAUACUUUAUGAAUGCAGCCAGUUUACAGUCAGUGUGAAUUGCACCAGUUUAAGGCUGGGCUGAAAAUCAGGCCCUUGAAAUGUGGAAUAUAACAUGUGCUUGGAAGUUAUGUUGCAGUGCAGCAUUUGCAAUACAGUGAUAUUAAAAUAAGAUAAUACUGUGCUAAGGUAAGGGAAAAAUCUUGAACUUUUAGCAGCUGUUACAAACAUGUCUAAAAAAAAAUAAAUAAAAAAAUACAUUUCUUAGUAAGAUCCUGUUGGGGACCAGGUAACUUGGUGCAUUCUGUUGGCAUCACAUAUGUUACUUUAAGGUCUACAGGGGCUGAAAAAAAGAAAGGAUUUGUUAACUUCAAUGAGCAUUUCAAAAAACAGUUGCUAAAUGGCCUUUGGUUCUAUUCUUUGCAAUUUUCCCCAUGACGCUGCGUUCAGUGGUGAAGAAUAACCUCCAGUGUAGUUGUUCUUUGGAAGACUAUUCUUCAGCUCUAAUUAGGGAAUGAAGAUAGAAAUCAAAUGCAAAGAAUGUAAUGAAUAGAGUUUACAACAGAUUGAGCCUGUGGCGAGUUAGAGAGCAAGUCUAUAGUUAACGUAAUGUUAUUUUGGUUCAGAUACGCAGCAAUCCAAACUACCAAGUUCUUAAUUUCAUGAGCACAGUUUCAGAAGGUGCCUAACUUUUAUAAAGGGAAUUUAAAUGCUGUUUUUCCAUUUGGAAAUAUUUAUGUAAAAUUAGGAGACUCUUAAAAUACUUAAAAGACUUUGCAAAUGCCAUUAAUUUUUAGAAUGGUAGGAAACUUGAUGAGGAAAAAAACAUGUAAAAUCCUCCAGUCUGUCACCUUGCUAAUCCUGGAUAAUUCUGACAGACAAGGUGUAUGUGCUUUUUGCAAAGAUACUUUCUUAAAUGGCUUUGAAAUACCCAAUGUUAUCUGUCCUCAGUGUGGCUGAUCUGGGGGGACUUGGAUGGAAAUUUUAGCGGCUUGACCUGGCAAAUCAGUAAGUAUGUCUGCUCCUGCUCAUUGCUGAAAUCUCUUCAUUCAGUUAAAGCAAAUGGGUGUUUGAAGUCCUUUCAGCAGUUUUGUAGGAUUGAGUCCUUAAUGUCAGAGGAAUGCAGGAUCUGGCUUCAUUUUCGUUUGAGCCAGCGUGCAAGGAUUUAAAUGGGACUUUGUUUAAACAGUAGCAAACAUGAAGUAUUAUUUUCUAGUACUAAGCUAGUGGUUAACAUGUCUAUUUUUGCUGUCUUGCCACCAAUACUGUAAAAAUGUAUAAUCAAAGCAGCUUUAAUUCUUGUAAACUGAAAUUGGUUUGUAAAACAAUGUACAAAUUGUGUUUCAUAGACAGAAAAGCUUGUAUUACUGAAUGUAAUAUAUGUGAAAUGAAUAUAUUAUAGUCUAUUUUUGCCAUGGAAAUAAAUAUU